CGUUUCGCCGUUAGCAGUGGCGCUCUUUCACACGUCUCCUGUUACGCGCAUAGUUAAGGACUCUGACCAAACUCCAGAGAAGGCGUUACCAACUAUAAAGAUGCGCAAUUCCAAAAUCAAAGCUGUAAAAGCUAAUACAAAACACGAACCGCCGAGCCCAACGAUGGAGAACGAAGACAAGGCACCGUCGCCUCCGUCAAAACGCAAAGAGAACGCAGGUGUCGCACCUCGACCCAGAAAAAGGAGUUUUCGACCUCCAGAUGUAAGGACGAUCUUUGAACCCGUAAAAAAGGACCCCCGCGUGAAGGAGGAGAAGGGAGAGGGGCACUUCUUCUGUCCGGACACCUCGCCUGCGUGGUGCGACGUCUGUUGUCAGUCUAUCUUCCAGGAUCGACUGACGUGCACAGGCUGUAAGUACACGUGCCAUCCACAGUGUCGGGACAGAGUGUCUCUGGACUGUCACCAGAAUGGAUCUGCCACUGAUGGUCCUCACAGUCCCCUCUCUCAGGACCAUGUCAACAACAACCAGGAUACACACGCCGAUGUUGAGAAGGAGAGAGAGUUACGAACACACUUCAGCCGUGAGGAGAUCCAACACAAGGUCAACCUCUACAACGUUGCCACCCGAGACCACCUCAAAAUGACCCUGCACCCCAAUGGCAUCUACACUGGCUUCAUCAAGGUGCAGCUGGAGCUGCGGAGGCCCAUUACGGUGCGAGGCGGUGGGGCGGCGGGACCCGGGGGUGUCCGGAGUAGUAGUAGUGGUGGCGGAGGCGGAGAGGAGGCGUUCCACCUGCCCCGCGGUUCCGUGAACACGCUCCACGUCAGCAGCACCAACACCGUACGGCAGGUCAUCGAGGCGCUGCUCAACAAGUUCACCAUGGCCGAUAACCCGGCCAAGUUCGCCCUCUUCAAGCGCUGCAGGAGAGAGGAGCAGGUGUACGUCUGUAAGCUGUCUGAGCAGGAGCAGCCAUUGUUCCUGAGACUGCAGGCUGGGCCCAACACAGACACCCUGAGCUUCGUGCUGCGGGAGCAACAGACAGGAGAGGUCAUGUGGGAUGCCUUCUCCAUCCCGGAGCUGGCCAACUUCCUGCGCAUCCUGGACAAGGAGGAGCAGGACCACUUCAGUGCCAUCACACACCGCUACGACAACUACCGGCAGAAACUGGAAGAGGCCCUUAAGGCAGUGGGGGGCCCCGGCUAAAGCACCCCAGACAGACGGAGAGAGAGAUGGAGAGAGAAAGAGGAAGAAAAGAGACUGAUGAAUACACAGAGAAAGAGAGAGAGAGACUGAUGGAAGAGGAGACAUUUUAGAGGGGCACUCACUCACACCGAUGGAUCAGAUUUAGUGUGUGUUUUCUGAUGGUGUCCCCUCUCCACGGAGCAGACUCUGGAGGAAUUAAUGCUGGAGAGAAGAAUCGUCGUGGAGACUGAUGGGGGUCUCGCAGUCACUCAGAACUCAGAAGCACCAUGGGAGCUCAAAGAGGUCUCCUGGGAGGCAUGGCAUGCUUUCCCAGAAUGCACCAGUGGUCCCAUAUUCACUUGUUUGUUUUUCUCUCAUUGUUCUGACUCUUCUCUGUCUGUCUCUCUCUCCAGUACUUUUUUUGUUUUUUAGUUUUUUUUCAGUUACCUCUUAAAACUUGUGAAAAACGAGAAGGAGACUUUCUUUCUUUUUUUAUUUAAUUGAAUUGGUGGAUGCUAUCAGAUUGUAAAUAUUUUUGUUCCUUAUUUUAAUUUAUGUGGGUGAAGCUUUAUAUUUUUUAUUUUUUGUUUAAUUGUGUCAUUUGGAAAGUCUUAUUUGAAUCUUUAGCACAGGCAAAGCAAAGAAAGCAAACCAAAAAAACGGAGCGGGGGGGGGGGGAUUUGGUCACUUGGGGUGUAAACUAAAUUACAGGUAGGUGGGUUGUGGACAGGUGUGGCUAAACUUCUGCCUGACUGCCACACCAGCACAUAUGGAGGAGAAUACUGCCCCCUAGAGGGCAGGCGUGUGCCUCACCUGCACUACACUUUCAGUCUGACUAAACUCCCAUCAGACUGGAGUGGAUACACACAUGCACACACACCCUUAGCUCCAGGUUAGGGGGGUUCAUCAGUGUGUUUUACCCCCCCCCCCCAACAACACCAUCUGUUCAGCAUCCAUACCUAUGCUCACGCAGAAGCCUUGAUCCUUAAGAGUGGCCUCAGUGGAAUAGCUCGGUGUCCUGCCCUAACCCCCAGCAGGCAGUGUUCCAACCACCCCUUCCUAGCAGAACCAGGUUCUGGUUCAGUGCUGGCCUAGUUCUGGGCCUCAUCCGGCGCAGUCAGCUGUUUGACUAGAUGUGAUGGAGACUAAUAACAAGCAUGUGAAUUUGGGAAAAGCUAUUGAAAAAAAACCCAGUGGCGUGAGUCAAAGACAGAACUGGACAGAAUGAAAGAGUGAAAGAGAGAAUGGUGGGAAGUGAUAUGAGAGCAGAUAAAGAAAAA